AUGGGAGAUGGAUCGCAGAUCAACUUCUUCAAGGGCCAUCCUUCUGUGCGCCUACUUCCCCGAGAGAGCAUCAUCAAAAGUACCAAGGAGUUGUUGGAGCCUGAACAUCGCGGGUAUGACCAGAAUCCAGAGGAUUGCCACCCACUCACGUAUGGCUCCGAGCAGGGCUCGCUAUGGGUCCGCUCGGCCAUUGCUACGCUGAUCAACGACUGCUACCGCCCCGAGAAGGCCACUCGUGCCGAACAUGUUAAUCUCACUGGCGGUGCUUCCUAUGGAAUUAUGAACAUCCUGAUGCAGACGACGCUGGCUCACGCCGGCUAUACCCGGCGAGCGUUCCUUGUCUCGCCCACGUACUUUCUUAUCAACCAGAUAUUCCUCGACGCUGGCUUUGGCGGCCGCAUGACCGCUGUCCGGGAAACCCAGGAUGGCCAGCUUGACCUUGAGUAUCUUGCAGAGAAGCUUUCGGAGUUUGACGCAGAGCAUCCAUCCACUGAGGCACUCACGGAACCGCGGCGCACACCGCCUAAACGCACCUACCGAUACGUCAUGUAUCUGAUACCGACAUAUUCGAAUCCUAGCGGGUCCACAUACUCCCUAGAGACACGCACGCGCUUAGUCGAGCUGGCGCGCCGCUAUGAUAUGCUGCUCAUCUCAGAUGACAUCUACGAUUUGCUCGCUUACGACCAACCGUCCGAUCAAUUGCCUCGCGCAUUGCCUAGCCUUGUGCACGUGGACCGCGCCACCCUGAACGAAGAACAGGAUAGCUGGGGCCAUACCGUGGCAAACGCCAGUUUCUCGAAGAUUGUUGCGCCGGGUCUGCGCUGUGGUUACCAGGAAUCCGUGACCUCUCGCCUGGUCGGACAGCUGGCCAAUGGGGGCGCCAACGUGUCCGGCGGCUCGCCCGCCCAGCUCAACAGCAUGAUAAUUGGCACCCUCAUCUCCACAGGCGAACUGGCACAUCUGCUCCAGUUGCUACGCAGUGUUUACCAAGACCGCGCAGAGGUUUUGCACCGAGCUGUGCGUGAAUAUCUGCCCGCUGCAACCGAUUACAAAGCACAAAACGGCGGCUAUUUCUCCUGGUGCACGCUGCCCGAGGGCUACAACUCAGAAGCGAUCUGCCGCACGCUGCAGCAUGACUACGGUGUUGUAUUAGCCAAUGGGUCACACUUUGAGGUCAGCGACGAUGAGCUCGGGUGGGGCCGCCGCUCCGUGCGCCUCUCAGUCAGCUUUUUAGAACCAGCGGAGAUCGAAGAAGGCAUGCGCAGGUUUGGAGCGGUAUGCCAAGAGCACGCCACUGCCCUGGGCCUGCCUUUCUAG